AUAGUUGGACGACAGAAACACUCGCGCUUUUAAGGAGGGUUUAUUUACCAACUUUCAGCACCACGCCCCGGCGGCGGAGUCAGUUUGGAGCUGACGUCGGCGAAAUGAAAUCGGCUCGCUGCACUUUUCCUCGCAGAAUGGAAGUUGUCGUGGAGGUGAUACGGACUAAACUCGCUUGCAUGCCGGGAUAUUGAACCUGUGUCCUUUUUUUUCCUUCUUUUUCUUCUUCUUUUCUCCGAGUACAAGACAACCUUUACGACGAAGCCCAUCUUCGCGGGCUACUCAUCUGAGAGUGCCCCUCGCUCAUGGACGAUGAGGAGGAUGAUGUGUUUGAGCCAGACCCCAAUUGCUGGCGCACCGCAUUCAGGGAGAUAAAGUGUGAAGACCGGGGCACGCAGACACCUGGCCCUGCCCUGGCACACAACAACGGCAUGCUGCCCUGUGGCGUCGCAGUGGAGCCCAGACCACUCUUCUACGGCAACGCAGGUUUUCGAUUGCACUUCCCGGCAAACUUUGAGCUUGUUGGGGAUCAGGAAGCGAGGCGACAAGAAAGUGAAGUGGAGCAAAACGGGAUGGAGCAGCUACCGCGGCAGCAACCUGAGGCCCACAGUGUGGAGGCAUGCAUUGGCCAGAAACUCCAGCUGAUAGGAGACCAGUUUCACCGGGAACACCUACAAACGUACCAUCGAAACCAAAGGAACCCAGGGCGGAUGUGGUGGCGCCUGGCCGCAGCUCUGCUCAGCCUUCUGUUUGACAGGGGGUUCAUUGCUGGAGGAGGUGGAGCAGGACGGAGGUGAGAGGGUCUCCCCAUCUCUCUGAGCAACUGGACUCCUAAUGACACUGUCAAAUCUAACACGGGUCUGUUUUGGGGGAGAAAAGAAAGGAGACAAAAGGUCACCGCGGGACGGAGACAACCAACUUUUAUACAAGGUCGUGAGUUUUUUUUCUUUCCAAGAAGAUGUCAUGAUGCUCCGAGAUUCCUCUACGGGAAAAUGUUCAUAUUUUGGUAUACGUGUGGUGUAGUAGUUUUGUACAGUACAUUGUUCUUGUUCAAUUUUUUGCACUUCAACAUGUAUCCAUCUUCAAUGACCUCCACAGACCCCGGGAAUGCCUUAUUCAAUGUCUUCUGCCGAAUGAGUAUUGAGCAAUUUUGAGAUAAGGAGAUGAAAGGAAAUGUGGUGUACGGUUUAAUUUUCUGAAGUUUCCCAGGUGACCAGACAAGUUGAUUUACUAUUUUCCAAAGAGGGAACUUUUCAGAACAAAGCAUUUUGCACCUCACCUCAAUGGAACAUUUAUCUUUUCUUUGUCUUUAUUUUGCUUUCUGUUUUGUUUUCUUACUACUCCAUUUUCUUGGGUCUGGUAUUACGUCUCAGUAUCAUUCAAAUAUUGGGAACAAAGUUUCUGCACAUGAAAAAGUCUGCUCACCUUAACUUCAUCUAAAUAUCUUCUUUUUUUUAAAUAUGCAGAUGUUUUAAGGCAAGCCUUUCUUCAGUCGCGUGCUACAUGUCGAACAGUCACAGAACAAUGUGAUUUACAGUACUAACCCUGGUCAAACAUGCCAGGUGACUGCCAGCAAACCUGUGUACAACAGAUUGAUAUUAAUAUCAGGAAUUGGGAUAAUUGAUACUGGUAAUACAUUAAAAAAAAGUUAGUUGGAAUUAAUAUCUUAUUUAAACCACAGCAGAAAGUGCUAAGUCGAGUGGAAUGAGUAAACAGAACACACUUCAAAUACAAAUAUUUUAGGCUAAACCCAAACCCAAAUAUAUGUGUGUGUGUAUGUAUGUAUGUGUAUGUGUGUGUGUGUGUGUAUAUAUAUAUACACACACUAGACUUAUUACUACUGUUACUGAAUAUUUCAAGCUACUGGUUAUGCAACUCCCCAUAUUGUAUAUUAUCAUUAUUACAAUACAGUAUACGUUAUAAUACUUAAUGCAGCUACUAGGUGGCUGGAUGCUGUCUGAGAUGGAGCACACGAAAAAAAAGGCCUGGGAAAGAAACUUGAAAGAAUCCAUGAAAGAGACAUUUAGAUUGAAGUGAGGUGGUGCCGACUUUUGCAUGUGCUUCUAGAGGUCUAACACCUGUGCACUAAAUUACAAACGUGACGGUAAAACACAUUGUUUGUUAUGCAGAGCAUAUUUACGUAUUCUUUACCUAAAUAGCAACUAAACAAUUUGUCCUACCCUGAUGAGUUUAUUACAAAGACCAGAUACCCAUUCCGCCGUUGUUCCCACAUUCAAGUUAUCUCUUUGUUGUCCAUGUGUUCUUUUCAAUGUGAUUGUUUUCAGACCUCCAUGCCCUUGAAGUGGAGCUGUGGAUCCACUGUUUUUGCACUAGCCAUACACCCUUCAAGAGUUCAGAUUGUUACCAUGCUAACCUCUGUCUUGUAUGAAGGUUUUCACUUAUGGCUUGUUUUCUCGCCACACCAUUUCAGAUGUAUUCACUCUUACGUCCAAGACAAAUAAUCAAAGUUGAGGCCUAACUAACUGCAGUCUGGAUUAUAGAACGUUUCAGGCUCCACUAGAGUCACAACACUCACGUGAAAUGUUUCUAUCCUCUUUUUUUUAAAUUUUAUUUCACAGCCCGCGUGUUUUCUGAACACCAAACAAUACUGCAUAAUCAAUCUGUGAAACAGAUCGUCUCAGGCUACUUUUAUCGGGUUUUACAUCAUUUUUUUUUAUUUCAUCUUGUAUUGUCUUUGGUGCUCGGAUCCAGAUUUGGGACAUUUGUAGAACAUAUAACCACUCAGCAGACAAAAAGAAAAAAAUGAAAAAGACUGUAAUUAUUGUUGAAAUAUGAAUAUGUUUAAAGACACUGUUGAAGAUGCUGUUUGUUAUGUUUUCCAUUGCUGAACCCAAGCCAACUCGUGGACCCAAGGAGCAGUACAUAUCAGGGGUCUGUAAUGACUUGCUCCUUACGAUGUGUCAAGUUUAUCACUGCAUAAUUAGGGUUUCCUCUCAUUCUCUUAAAGAUUUCUCAGGGACAGACUUUGUGGGCUACUGGUAACCUUGAGAAUCUGUUACAUGGUUAGAAGAAGAGCAGCGGUUUCACCCAUUUAUUUAUGAUGAUACCUGUCGAGGUAUUGUCAAGGCUUUAAUUUUCUUUUCUUUAAAAAAAAAAACAACUCCUCCUGGCCAAUUUCUCUGCACAAACACAUAAAGGUACAGUUGGACUGAGGCGAGUGAGGCUGACUGGUGGUGACGGGGGCUCCUGAGCAUGUAGUCGUAGUGUGAAGUGCACUGAAUGUGGUUGUGGUCGUAGUUUCCUGCGGAUCCUGAACGCUGAGCCAGUCCCUCUAGUGCCCCGUCUCACCAUUCCUGACUUCCUCUUUGUGCUACACCUUUAUUACCUGUCUAUUAUUCCUCAUCGGUUCAUUUUUCUUUGUAAUUUAUUUUCUUCAUUCUUAUUUAUGUAUAUUUGCCCAUUUCUACUGUAUACACCCGUGUGUGCAAUUACUUAUUUUUUAUAUUUUGUCAGUUGUUAAACUGUGCAGAGCAGGUUGGCCUAUAUUGUACCUGACAUUGCUGAUACUCCACUCAAAUUCUACUUUUUAAAAAAAAUCUCCUGUAGGCUCUUCGAAGUUUGUAGUUUGGCCUUUUAUGAAGAACACGGCUUGUGGUAAGAAUUCAUUUUGGUUCAAUGGAUUUAAAUUUGUCGAUGCACAAUUACACAUUCAAUACAUCAUUGUUUCACCCAAAUUCACUACUUCUGUCAGAGCUUCACAGCUGUGAAGAGGAAAAAGGAUAUUCAUCCAUAUGUCCAAAGUGUAACUGUUGCUACCAUUGCAAUACAUCCAACAGUAUCCAUGACUACAGCUGUGGCUCUUCAUGAAAAAUAAAACUACAAACCUCACCUUUCAAGCCUCGGGGAAGGGUGUUUGAUUUCCUUAAAAAAUAGAUUUUGGGUGGAGUAUUUCUCUUUUUAAAAGGUGAUUUUCCAGGGAAGGGCCCAACCAAUUCUGACCUUUUUCAUUUUCUUCCACCACCCGAUUCACCGGUCAUCACGGGUGCAUUCACAGAAUGUGGUUUAGAAAAGCAGCAGUUUCACCUUUCAACAGGAUAUGACCUUUCCUUUGUAAUUAAUGCGCCAUUGCCCAUUCCACCAAUUGCUAAAGAUACACAUGACGUUAGAGAUGCUUCAAAACCCACAGAAAAAGGUUGCCGUCAAAAAUAGUGUCCAAUUCUUAAAUCUUGAUCAUUGUGUUGUAAUCAACAUGCACUGGAAAGUACUUUGUUUCUGUCGAUCCCAUGGGUCCCUUAUCUGUCGUGUGUUAAUGUCUAUUAUAUACUCUGGAUUGUUCUCUUGGGCUAAUCUUGCCAUGUGUCAGACAUGUGUCAGACCUGUGCAUUCAACAAGUAGGCUCGAUUUGAUGGCCUGUUUGAUUUAUUGGAAAGGGAAACAAGCCACCGUGGUGCCCUGUAUCAUUUUCUUAGAAUGAGGUUCCCAAGCUGCACUCAUCACAUUAAAUGUGAGUGUGGAGAAUCCCUAGAGUGGGACAUGUAUUUUAUGGAAACCGUCAGUGUCUUGAAUUUUGUAGUCCACUUUAUAUACAUUUGAAGUUUUCGAGGAAGGUUUUGAUUUUGAUUUUUUUUUUACGAUAAUAUUUCUUCUUCGUCUUUCUUAACUUUUUAAAAUGUAUUUUCUUAAGAAAAAGGGUGUGCUUUUAUAAGGACAGUACAUUGCUUGUAAAAUAAUUUUUAAUGCAAGUAGGAUCCUUUUUGAAGUCCAUGAGAUCAAGGGCAUUUUUUAUAUAAAAAUGAACUUCCAACAUUCCUUGCACAUCUCACCGUGGUGCACAAACAAAACCAAGCAAACCAAAAUAAUUCAUGGUUCUGGUUCUGGCUCAUGAACUUUGAGCUAUGGAAUAUUUGCCCCUCUUUAAAGAACAGAUAAAGUGUACAUGUAUUUCUAAAAGUCCUGGAAUAUGCCUUUAACUGCUCAGUUUCAACGAAGUCUUGAUUAUCACACACUCUCUGUAUACCAAGAAAUGAGACCCAGCGAAAAUGUAGCAUUUUUGUAAACAUUGACUGUGUGUUGUCGAGACUCUACUGUGCACUCAUUUUUGUGUUUAUAUUUUUUUUUGGUUGUUGAUAUAAUAUGGAAGUAAAGACAAUUUGUUCUGUAGUGCAAUAUGCUGUACAUAUGGAGCUUUGCUCUACAAAUCUUUUUUCUGGAUUUCUUGUUUAUUGGUACUUUUUUUUUCAAUAAAAUGUUAUUGAAGGUGUCAA